ACCAUGCCUCGAUGCUGCUCAUGGGAUCGCUGGAACUACUGCUCUCGGCUGCCACAGCGUGGUCCCGACAGCGUUCACAGCUGGUUAGUGGCCGGUGCCUGCGCCCUUGCCUCCUUCUUUGCCAUGGCGGGGCGGCGUUCGACGGGAUUCCUAUUCGUCGCCAUACUGGAAACAUUCCAGGUGAACCGGGUCGAAGGCUCGUGGCCGAUAAUGGUGCUGGGCGCGGUAGUUUGCCUGGCAGGUUUCAUUGUGGGACCGCUGGCUCACUGGUUCAACGCUCGUCCAGUGAUUAUCGCAGGAGCAGUGCUUUCAGGAGCCGGCGCAAUUCUCAGCUUUUUCGCCACGACUAUUGCAUUUAUGACAGUAACACUAGGCGUAAUACACGCAAUAGGAGCCGGCAUGGUGUUCAUAGUAGCCCCUACCAUUAUCAGCGAGCACUUUGUCAAGAACAAGGGCCUCGCGAUGGGCGUCAACUUCGCUGGCAUCACCGCUGGCCUUUUCGUGUUUCCCAAACUUCUGGAGUACCUCACCUCUACCUAUGGCCUACGUGGUGCUCUCCUGAUCUUCGGUGCCGUCACCAUGAACGGGCUUGCAUUUAGCCUAUUUCCCCGCACCCCUGCUUGGAGAAAAGCUUCCCGAGGCAAGAAUCAACUCGCUGCUCGAUUUCCAUCGAAAGCCAUCGGAGACAAUGGAACCAAUGAGCUAAGCCAUGCACUGACAGUGUUUAAAAGCCCCGUGUUCUAUCUCAUCAUAUACAGCUUUAACGCUUACUGCUUUGGAUACGAGUGCUACUUAUCGCUUUUCGUCGACUUCGCCUGUGAUCGAGGAGUAGCGCUGUCCACUGCCGUUACCGCGAUGUCGGCGGGAGCAAUCGCCGAGAUCCUCGGGAGACUCACGUUGCCGGCGGCAGCCGACCGUGGCCUGCUGAAUAUCAACACGGCUGUCGUGCUCACAUUAGCUGGUGAGGCGGUGGCGUUUCUCGUUCUUCCUUUGCUACGCUCUCAAGGACUUAUUUUCGCCAUGGCCGCUGUCAUAGCCUUCAUCAUCGGCACUGGAAUGGUAAUUCUUCCGAUGACCCUGGCGUCUUACUUCGGACAUGAAAAGAUGUCAUUAUCCUUCGGCAUCGUCGUCGCGUCAGCCGGGAUGCUAUCAUUUGUGAAGCCGUGUUUGAUAGGGCACUUCAGAGACAGAGUAGGUGCCUAUGACUGGCUCUUCGUGAUUUGUGGCGUUCUCAACGCAAUUGCAGCCGCCCUUUGGGUUGUAGUGAUUGCGCGGGAGAGAAGUAGGAGCAAAUUGGAAGUUAUCCACAAUGAAAACUCGCCGGCCUACACUAUCAUUACUGCGAAAUCUAUCAAUAGCUUUCCGCACGAAGCUCCGAGGUGAAAGAAGAGAAGCGACUGCCGUGAAUGGUGGAGUGCAAUAAAAGGAGCUAUUUUUCCUGCG